UAUGAGUCGUAGUUGCCGUUUCGAGCAUCUCUGGGUUGGGGUUGUUGAUAUCGACCAUGGGAGACGAUAGGAAGCAUACCGCGAACACCGAACACCGAACAGCCAGCAUCGCCGACGUCGCCGAGGCCGCCGACAUGUUAUGAUGCGUACUAUGGCGUACAUCUCUCGCGGUAUACAGGUGCUGUAUAGAUACCCAGCACAAGACUCCUAGCUAAGCACCCACUGGAGCUGUCUUGAGAUCUCUUGGCUUCUCUCGGCCCAUUAACAGAACAACUGCCGCAUGGUUGUAUCUGUAUGUACUGAAGAGGUACUCUAUUCCUGACCGCCAAAUUAAACCCACGGUUAUUGACAGACAGCUUUGUCAACCGCAAACAGCCAAGACAAACACCAACCAACAAGCCCAACAAGCCCACUAUAGUAACAGUCAGAAGCAAUCGCCGACUUUAAUGGCCCUGACUAAAAUAUUUCUGGGGGGGGGUAGGGGGCCCAUUUGGUCUAAAUAUAGGACGGUCCAAACCUUCCCGCUCUCCCCCCAGCCCACUUGCCCCCAUCCAGCCAAUCCAAGCCACAGUCCUCGAUUUAGCUGCAUAUCACGUGCACAGCCUCGACUUCUCAAGUGUUUCUAAACUGUGGCGCUUAUAUCUGACAUCUGGUAUACCCUGUACAGUGAUCCCGCUGGUCGCUGGGGUGCUGGGGUGCUCUGGGGUCCAAAAAAUAUCACCUUGGUCUUGACCUUCGCUUUUACCCUCCGUCAUCUUUUCUACCUGCCCGCUCUUUUGCGUCUCUCUUCAUAUUCUCACUUCUCACUUCCUCACCACUUCCUUCAUUCUCAUUUCUCUCUCUCCCUCACCCUUCCCUAUCUCACAACCAAACCGCCAAAAUGAAGUGGCCCAAAAACCCAUUCCCCUCCUCCCGGCGGAACGCCUAUCGCGAACCAACCCACCACGGCCGUCUCCCCCUCUACAUCCUACAGGCCCUCCAGCUCCUCGCCUCUGUCGGCGUCCUCGGAAUCAUGCUUUACUUCGUCAAUCAGCUUCGCGGCAGUCGCAUGACCAUUCCCUGGUCCUUCAUUAUUCACCUCCUCGUCUCCGCCACAUCCACUGCGACCAUCAUCCUCCUCGCCGUCUACGCUGGCGCCGCGCGCCCUCCAGCGCGGACAUUGAUUCUCAACGGCGUCCUCCUCGGUCUCUGGGCUCUCUCCCUCGGCCUACUUGUCCACGUCGCGAAAUCAACGAUCACUUCGCAUUGCAGUUCCGCGACAUGGAAUAACAGCACGGGAAUGAUGGUCUGUCGGCUAUACCAAACAUUAUUCGCAUUCAUCCUCAUCGCACUCGCAUCAACCAUUCUCGCCCUAACCUACCUCACCCACGCCCGCCACUCAAACCCCCAAUCCUACACCAAAACCUCCAACCCCGCCCUCCUCUUUCCCCGCACCCGCAGCCCCCCCACAGCCGAAGACGACGCCUCCGAAUUCACCACCCUCGCCCCCUCCCCCACCCCCCUCUCCGCACCAUCCUACGCAUCCUCCUUCCGCUCUCCCCUCCCCGACGACAAUCGCUCCCUCGGGUUCCCCGCUAGUCCGUCGCCGCGCGGGGGUGGUGAUAUGGGUGCUAAGAUGGGGGAGGGGAGGAGAGGGGUGUUUCAGCCGCCGUUGGCGAGUCCGGGGUUGUUGAGUCCGGGGAUGGGGGGGAUGGGGGGGAUGGAGAGGGGGAAGGAGGAGGAGGAGGGCGGGGAGGUGACGGAGUUUAGUUAUUUGGGGGGGAGGUAUGACAGGAAUGAGAGGGAUUUGAGCGCUUGAUUGUGUGUGGAGGGUGUAUUUAGAAAUAUGUGGGAUAUAUGGAGUUUCUAUACGGUGUCGAGCACUGAUUUGGGUAUAUGGUUUAUUUGUGGGAUGGGAGGGAUUGGAAUAUAUACUUGAGGAGCAUAAAUUAGCUGGAGUUCUAAUAUUAUGGUUUUGGUGUACAAUUAUUGUUAUUGAGAUGAGGA